AUUCUUGAGCGACAAGCGAAAGACCAGCUCGAGGGUGGAAAGUACUUUAACCCAACCCCAACUCAGCAAGAAUCUGCCAAGAAUGUACCAACCACCAACACAGUGUCAGAGCGGGAUUUCGCCAUUUUAGAUAUAUUAGUCAGACUGAAGCCAGCUGCAUCGUCCCAUGCAUAUGAAAUUUACAUUCUAUGGCUUAACAAUAAACCAAGUGAGUGGCUGGACCAAAUGGAUCCUGUAGAGAAGAGUGCUCUGUUGGAUAAGGCCAGGCAUCGCUACGGCUCAAUAAGAGCACAGUACCUAAUAAGGAAGGAUAUACUCAAACAACAACACUUAGAAUCCCUAAGGGUAAAACAGUCUAAAAAAGACAAACAAGAGCAAAGAAGUAUAGUUAAUAAAGUUGCGGCAACUGAUGCCAUUGUUGAGUUUGGUGGAGUAUGGAAGUUGGAUGAGGUAGCAAGAAAAUUGGAGUCACUGAGUACACAAAAAAGAAAGGCUGCACUAAUUGCACAACUCAAGUAUCACAAGAAGGUUCUUAACUCCAAAGGAGACCAUAGAUUGUUUAAUAAAUCUAGGCACGUGUAGACUUUCAAGAGGCAACGUUGAUAGAUAAUUUAAAAACUGUGUUAGAACUAAACGAAAUUACAACUGAAACUGUUCAAGAAGGUACCGUUGCCAACCUUCAAUAUCAUACUCAAGAAAAAUCAAAAUCAAAUGUCCAACAAAGUAAAGUCAAUCUGCAUGAAAAAAUAGCAACCAGUCAGCGCGCAGCCUACGAUAUAAUGAGACUAUUCAACAGAUUUGUUUGCAAGUGAAACCCGUUCACGGGCGUUUUGGAAAUUUGCGAGAAAAGACGAGAGUUGAGCGCUACCCCUGAAAAGGGUCACGGGAAACCCCUAAGGUCACUCGCUGAGCCAAGAUGGAUUGGUAAGUACAAUCAUUACAUUACACGCUAUGAAAACCCCGUUUUUUCAUCUUUUUAAAUACAUUUUAACGGAAAAUUAUGCCUUCAAAAUUUGCUUCAAAAUAUGCUCCUUCGUAAAUGUACCUCAGAAUUUUAAGUGCUCCUGACUGUUUCGAUAAACGGGCUCGAAAACGAUGUCGGUAUUUGUUGACAAUGCAAGUUUUGCGAUUGUUUCACACCAUUUUCAUUUCUACGGGAUCAGGGAUUUGUUCUCUUUUUUAAGUUUGAAAAUGUCCGUUUUUUCGAUUUCGGGCGUAUUUACUCUCGAAGUGUGUGACGUCACGUACAAUAAUUUUACGUGUGCAACUAUACAUCGUGCAUCACCAAUUUCGUGAUAAAAUCCUAGCCUUGGGCUGCCAAUAGAGAUGUAUUUCAUCGUGCAUCAACAAUUUUGUGGUAAAAUACUGGGCUUUAUUAAACUAAAAAAGAGAAGAAGUGCAUCAUGCAUUACCAAUUUCAUGAUAAAAUCCUUGGCUUGAACAAACUGAAAAAGAGAUGUAUUGCAUCGUGCAUUACCAAUUUCGUGAUAAAAUUCCCAACUUUUUUUAGCAAGUGUGAACAAAAUUGCUCUUCCAACCUGAUAAUAUGAAUAAAUACUCAGUAAAUACUAUUAUUAUUAAAUUUUAUUUCAAUACAAUAAUGCAGACACUCUACAAAGUACAAGAACAAAAGCCAGUACACUACAUUCCGUUCGUCAUGGCCAUAAUCAUGGCAGCUCGUAUUUUCUCUGUCGAUUUAGUUUUGCAAAAUAGUCAUAAAACAGGAACGGACAGAACUUGUUCUUUAUUCACUCAAUUUAUUCUUUAGAACUUACCGGAAUGUGCUUAUUUUGUUCCCUUGCCUUGAGAGUUGACAAAUGUAAACAACAAUAUACUUAAUUUAAAUUACUAAGUAACUAAAUACUACUUGUGUGUGAAGUGUUUUGUAUACAAAGGCAAUGGCCAUGUAACAUGAUGGCCAUUCCUUCUUUCUGUAGACAUUUUAAAUCGAUUGUCAUGUAUAGUUUUUACAUUGUAGAUUGUACAUGAGAGUGAUUGAUUCUUUGCAUAGUUUUAUGCGCAGCUUAGCCAAAUAGUUUGCAAACACUUAGUCCACCCUUCCCCUCUCAUCUGUAUUUUUUUUUUACAUCCGUUGACAAUCACAGGCCCAGCAGUCAAGAUGACCUCCCCUACUUCAACGUGAAGAUUUUGGGAGACUCCCUGACGAGGUACGUACACCUUGAAAGUCCUUGGUUUUUGGCAGAUACUAUUACAAAGCCAGGAUGCACUGUACGUCGUAUGGUUUCGUUGUUGAAAAAGUUACAUGCAGAUCGCAAUGGUACUGGACAGAAGCCGCAUGUUGUUGUCCUACAUGUGGGUACCAACGAUCUGGAUGAGAGUGUUCUCCACAAAGACCUCCAGAACUUUGAGCAGCUGAUUUCAUUGGCAAAGGAAACGUUUCCAUCGGCUAAAAUCAUAAUAAAUUCCAUCUUGCCACGUUCUGACUUCAAAAUCCUCAACGAGAAGGGCAUCAUUCUAAAUAUGCACCUUGCUAAGCUUUGCAAGAAGGUAGGCUGCAUAUUCAUUGAUCUAACAGAGAACUUUCCUCCAGAACUUUUCUCUUGUGAUGGACUUCAUCUGAAUCAUUAUGGCAUUCGAAGGUUGGCGGAUGUCAUCACUGACGUCACCACAUCCCUACUCAUCAGAGUAAUUCCAGGCUCUCGUACAAGCUCUACCAAUCGGUUCGUUCCAAAAGAACUGCAGCUGCUUGUCAGAAAGAAAAAAAGGAAGAAAGAGCCCAUUUCGAAACCCCAAUCCUCGCCCUCAUCCGGACCCCCAUCUCCAUCAACACCGGAAACACAACUCAAAGAGAACGCAACGAGAAAACAUCCAAGGCAACCAUCAGGAAAAAAGAGAAGUGCUGCAGUCGACAGUGAUGGAUUCCAGCAGGUUGGGUGUAAAUUCACCUGUCCAUCAGUUGACCCCUACUCCCUUCCAGUUUUCCAGCCUAUGUGUCUGCCAAUGCAGGUGAUGGUUUACCACCACAAGCUGCAUGUGAUGUCGUCAUCAUGUGUCCGUCCCCCACAACAACCCACGCCAUACAUUCAGCGUAAAAAAGCUGGAGUGAAGAAGAGGCGGAGGAUGGCCCAGGCAAGGAAGAAGAGGAAAAAGAAAAAUCGAAAGGUGCUGGCUGCCUGGCCAUGUGGCAAACCUUCAUCAAUGUCAUUCAAGUACAGCAAAGACAAUCAACCAUUGCAGGGGUAAAGCGAAGAGCCCAGAGAGAAAAACCGCUUCCACAAGGGCAGGUAAAAUGCGCAAGAUGUGGAAGAGAAUGUUUUUCAUUUAUGCA